CCCCACCUGUUUUUCCCGCUGUGACCUUCUGAAAAGGACAUAGCAGCAAAGCAAGGAAAUCCUCUGACCUUAUUGGAUUCAGGGCUCAGAUGGGAAAGCAAAGCUCAGCUGGGCCAGAAGCAGAAAGUGGCCCUGUGACCAUCCAGGCUGGGAGCAGAGAGGAAUUCUAGGAAAGAUCCCUGGGAAAGAUUCUGGCCAAAGACAUGACCAGCUGGGAUUUAGAGUGCCAGUGCCUCAGGCACUUCCGCUACCAGGACGCUGAAGGCCCCCGACAAGUUUGUAGCCAACUCCACCAGCUUUGCUGCCAGUGGCUGAAGCCAGAAAGGCACACCAAGAAUAAGAUCCUGGACCUGGUGAUCCUGGAGCAGUUCCUGGCUGUCCUGCCCCCAGAGAUGGAGAGCUGGGUCAGGGAAUGCGAGCUGGAGAGCAGCUCCCAGGCGGUGGCCCUGGCAGAAGGCUUCCUCCUGAGCCAGGCAGAGGAUGUGAAGCAAAGAGGACAGUUUCAGAGGCUGUCCAAAGGAGUUAAUGAUUUCCCUGGAGCAGAGAAGGCACCAUCUGAUCCAGAACACAGGCUGUUCUUUUGGAUGACCACAUGGGAGAAUGGAGGUGCCAACUUGCCGGGUGGUGGAAGGACACAAACAGGUGGCUCUGGACCUUCCAGCCUUUGUGGGGGCCUGGAAGCAUCUUCUGAACCACCAGGUCAGGGGCUGGUGACUCUCGAGGAGGUGUCUGUCUCAUUCACCCAGGAGGAGUGGGCUCUGCUGGAUCCGGGCCAAAGGGCUCUGCACGGGGAAGUCCUGGUGGAGAAUUGCAGGAAUCUGGCCUCCCUCGGGUGGGAAUACCAGAGAAGGGGAGAAGAGCAGAGAAAGGGAAAUGAAGGAAAAUCAAAGUGGAGCAAGAAAUCCAUUGUUUCUGAAGGUGCUGAUUUUCAGGAAAUUCCAAUCCCAGAACAAAUUAAUAAAGGAAACAAACCAUCUGAAGAGUUAGAGUGGAUCACAAGGUUUAAGGCGAGCAAAAACCUUCUCUUACAGGAAAUAUUAGACACACAGGAGAAACCACAUUUAUGUUCACAGUGUGGAAAGGGUUUCAAAAGGAAGGACAACCUUAUACGACAUAGAAGAAUCCACACAGGGGAAAAACCAUAUCAGUGCGCAGAGUGUGGAAAAAGCUUCAGGCAGAGCUCACAUCUUGUUUCUCAUCACAGAAUCCACACAGGUGACAAACCGUACAAAUGCUCAGAGUGUGGGAAGAGUUUUAGUGACCGUUCAAGCCUUACUUUCCAUCAAAGAAUCCACACAGGGAACAAACCAUACAAAUGCUCAGAGUGUGAAAAGAACUUUAGUGACUGUUCAAGCCUUGCUUCACAUCGCAGAAUCCACACGGGAAAAACCAUAUCAUUGCUCAGAGUGUGGAAAGAACUUCAGAAGAAAGGACAUGCUUAUUCGGCAUCAAAGAAGCCACACGGGGGAAGAACCAUAUCAGUGCUCAGAGUGUGGAAAAACCUUCAGACGAACUUCAAGUCUUGCUUCCCAUUACAGAAUCCACACAGGGGACAAACCAUAUCAUUGCUCAGAGUGUGGAAAGAACUUCAGAAGAAAGGACACGCUUAUUCAGCAUCAAAGAAGCCACACAGGGGAAGAACCAUAUCAGUGCUCAGAGUGUGGAAUGAACUUCAGAAGAAAGAACAAGCUUAUUCAGCAUCAAAGAAGCCACACGGGGGAAAACCAUAUCAGUGCUCAGUGUGUGGAAAGUGUUUCAGUCAGAGUGCACACCUGACUUCCCAUUAAAGAAUUCACACAGGGGACAAACCAUAUCAAUGUUCACAGUGUGGACAGAGUUUCAUAGUGCACACCUUACUUCCUAUCAAAGAAUCCCCACAAGAGAGAAACCAUAUAGAUGUUUAGAUGGAGGCUUGAGCUUCCAUCGCAGCUUAAGCCUCGUUUCCCCUAGAAGAAUCCACAUAAACGGGGGAGAAACCAUAUAAUUGCUUAGACUGUAAGUAGCAUUUUUUGUGGGUGAAAACCUUAUUUCCCAUCUUAGAACUCAUGAGGAGUAUUCUUCAAUUAGUAUAUGUACUUUACUCCCCAUUGCGAUUCCAGCUUGAUGAAAAAAAUUGGAAAUAUCUUUUCUUAGACAUCAAAGUUUAUGAGACCUCAAAGUAGAUACAGAAGUGUAGAAAACAAAGCCUAUAUUGUCAGAGUGUUCUGGCUGAUUCUGGUCAGGCCUGGUUCAGAUAUAGGCAUACAUUUUAGAAGCCCUAGGCAUCUAUUUAGCUUUCUUAUAGCAGGCCAUUUAAUUUCUUUAUGGAGACCAUCUGUUGCUGCUGUUGCAGUCAUGAUCUAGUGUCUGACUGCUGCGGUGGAAGCAAACAAGUUGAAAUCAAAGACUGCUCUGAAACUCUAGCUGGUACUGAAGGCCACGGGUUCACUGUGAGGCAGAUUGUCCAUAUGGCCCCUAUUCUGAAAUCCCAUUGAUUAUUUUCCAUGGACAGUACAGGGUGCUGGUUAUCACAGACAAAGCCCUUCCAUGACCUAGUGCUUGCAUAUCUGCAGGGAGCUCCCCUCAUCAGAACAAAACCUUCUGAAAUUGCCAACACGCAAGUUCAGCAGCUGCUCAUACCAGAGUGUUCUCUGUAGUUCUGCCUGCAAGGAGGAAUGGCUUCUCAGGCCAUGAAGCCCCCCCCCCCCACACACACACACCUGUUGUUUCCCAUGAUAUAUGAAAUGGAGCUAUGGGGGGGCACUUAUAUGAAGGGAACAAGGUUGUAAUUAAUGUCAAAUGUAAGCUAAUCAUCUUCUAAUAUAAAAAUGAAAGGAUGUAUUUAUUUGUCUAUCUAUGGCAGGCCUAUCAUUAGAAAAUAAAGUUGGGAGCCUCAGAACCGG